UUAUUCCUCGCAAUGAGGGAAUGGUUGUCGCAUAUAUUUUUUGAAAGGACUCGGGGAGUCUACAUACACAUGAGCUUAUUUUCUUCUUCUUUCUUCUUUUUUGGUCCUUAAACUGCUUCUACUUCUGUUUUCGUUUCUUCCUCAUGACAGUUCUCCUAUAAUGGAAGCAGGAGGGGACAUGUACAAUUGGUUCUUCAAUACUCGCAAGUGCUCUGUUUUCUCUUUAUCGUAGGGUGGGAGUGAGGUGAGCUUUUAGGGUUCUGAGAGCGUAGCAAGCAAAGGAGGGAGACGGAGAGAGACAGAGGUGCCAGCGCUUGGCUUGCCUUCUUUCUCUUUCUUUCUGCCCUGUAAACAGUGUGGUAGAGGGAGCUGGAGGCAUUGGUUCAUGACCCGUGUAUGCUUUUGCCUCCUCUGGGCCUCUCCAUUUUCUACUCCCUUUCUCGCUUUUAGAUCUUUCCUUCUUUCUACUGCGUACCUUUGCUUUAAUUUAUUUUCCUUCCUGGGAUUUUCUUACAUGCGGUAAGAAUUAGCUGGCGCUUAGCAGGACAGGAGGAGAGAGUCCUUUAGAUCUGAGAAGGUUUGGGAUAGGAGAAGAAAAAGUUAGGAUUUUGUGAAGGGAAGAAGGUUCAUCAAUGAGUUUCGGUGGUUUAUUUGACAGCGAUUUACCGUACGGAAGCUCCGCCAUGCCGGCCGGAGUGCUUUCUCAAACGCGAUUUCUCUCAAAUUCUGCAGCAGCAGUUCCCAAGCCCAUGUUCGGCUCCGCUGGUCUCUCUCUCGGCCUGCAAUCGAAUCUGGAGGGAAAGGGAGAGUUGAGCCGGCUUUCUGUGGUAGCAUCCGCCGGCGACGGCCAUGGCGGCGGCGAGCUAGAUGUGCUUUGCCGGAACAAGGAUGAGGAGAACGAGAGCAGAUCAGGUAGCGACAACUUAGAAGGCGGUUCAGGCGAUGAUCUUGACCUAGAAAACCCUCGCAAAAAGAAGCGUUACCAUCGUCACACACCUCAGCAAAUCCAAGAACUAGAAAGCCUGUUCAAAGAGUGCCCGCACCCCGAUGAGAAACAAAGAUUAGAACUCAGCAAGCGGCUUCGUCUCGAGACUCGCCAGGUCAAAUUCUGGUUCCAAAACCGGCGAACUCAGAUGAAGACUCAAAUGGAGCGCCAUGAGAACACCAUCUUAAGGCAAGAAAAUGACAAGCUUAGAGCUGAGAACAUAUCCAUCAGAGACGCAAUGAGGAACGCAAUCUGCAACAACUGCGGCGGCGCAGCCGUGCUCGGCGACGUCUCGCUGGAAGAACAGCACCUGAGAAUCGAAAACGCGCGUCUUAAAGAUGAGCUGGAUCGCGUCUGCGCACUCGCCAGCAAGUUUCUCGGCCGCCCCAUCUCUCCCGCAGUGCCAAGCUCAUCUCUUGAACUCGCUGUUGGUUGCAACGGAGGUUUCAGCGGUUUCGGAUCGAUUACAACAACAUUUCCUGCGGUUUCUGAUUUCAUCAGCGGCGGCGGAUCGAACUCAUUGGGCACUGUUAUCACUCCCUCGCGUUCAGUUGCUGUUGGGGAUAGGUCGGUUGAAAGAUCGAUGUUUUUGGAGUUGGCUUUGUCGGCCAUGGACGAGCUUGUGAAGAUGGCUGAAAUGGGGGAGCCGCUUUGGAUGGUUGGUGGGGAGGAGAAUGGGAGGGAGGUUUUGAAUAUCGAGCAGUAUGAAUUAUUUCCACGUUGUGUUGGUGUGAAAAGUUCUGAUUUUGUGUCGGAGGCUACGAGGAUGACGGCCAUGGUUAUCAUCAACAGUCUUGCUCUUGUUGAGACCCUCAUGGAUGCGGCUCGUUGGGCGGAUAUGUUUCCUGGAAUGAUUGCGAGGACAACCACAACUGAUAUAAUAUCUACUGGAGUUGGCAGCACGAGAAACGGAUCACUGCAGCUUAUGCACGCAGAAUUUCAGGUAUUAUCGCCUUUGGUGCCAAUACGGGAAGUAAACUUCUUGAGAUUCUGCAAGCAGCUUGUUAAUGGUGCUUGGGCUGUGGUUGAUGUCUCCAUUGAUGGAAUCCGAGAGCACAACUCUUCCACGUCUGGACUUGGCGUUAAAUGCCGCAGGCUUCCUUCUGGUUGUGUGGUGCAAGACAUGCCCAAUGGCUACUCCAAGGUGACGUGGGUGGAGCACGCCGAGUAUGAUGAGUCGGCGGUGCACCAGCUCUAUAGGCCGCUGCUUCGGUCCGGUAUGGCGCUCGGAGCGCAGCGGUGGGUCGCCACUCUGCAGAGGCAGUGCGAGUGUCUCGCCGUGCUGAUGUCAUCAUCCGUCCCCAAUCGCGAGCCCAGCGCGAUAACGGCGGCGGGUAGACGGAGCAUGUUGAAGCUAGCGCAGCGGAUGACGGACAAUUUUUGUGCGGGCGUGUGCGCAUCGUCGGCGCGGAAGUGGAGUCGUUUGCGGAACAUGGGAAGCAUUAGCGAGGAGGUGAGAGUGAUGACGAGGCAGAGCAUGGACGAUCCCGGCGAGCCGCCCGGCGUCGUGCUCUCUGCCGCUACCUCUGUCUGGCUCCCCAUAUCGCCGCAGCGUUUAUUCGAUUUUCUGCGGGACGAAAACCUUCGCUGCCAAUGGGAUAUCCUCUCCAAUGGCGGACCUAUGCGGGAAAUGGCUCAUAUUGCUAAAGGGUUACAGGACCAGGGUAACGCCGUUAGCUUGCUCUGCGCCAAUGCCUUGAACACGGACCAGAGCAGCAUGCUCAUACUGCAGGAGACUUGCACCGAUGCGUCGGGUUCGAUGGUGGUGUAUGCGCCGGUGGACGUGCCGGCGAUGCAUCAUGUGAUGAACGGCGGGGAUUCAACAUACGUGGCGCUGCUUCCGUCGGGAUUCGCGGUGAUGCCGGAUGGAGGCGCCGUAGGCUCGCUUCUAACGGUGGCGUUUCAGAUUCUGGUGAACAGUUUGCCGACGGCGAAGCUGACGGUGGAGUCGGUGGAAACCGUUAGCAAUUUGAUAUCGUGUACGGUGCAGAAGAUUAAGGUGGCGCUACAGGGGGAGAGCUGAGGAAGAAUGGAAGGGGUUGAUUCAAGAACGAACCGUUAGCGGGCGGUGGAGAAAAACCGUAUCUUUGCUAAGUGAUGAGGAAGCUGCCGGCGGCCGAAGAAGGGGCGGCGGUUUAAUUGUAAUCUUCAGCUCGGAGCAAUGGCGGUGGUUCGGGUAUUGACUCAGCCUUAGAUAUAUAUAUAUAUCUGUCUCUGAUGUUGUUGCUCAGCUUGUUAUGUUGGAUUUUUUUUUCAUUUCUUUUCGUGUACUAACGUGUUGUUUAUGUUCUUGCAUUGUUGUAGCUUAAUCUAAUGUUUUGUGUUAUGAAUAAUUAGGUUUUUUGUGAUUA